UUGGUCAUCAGUGGACGCAUCAUCUGGCCUCGCCGUUAGUCCCAAUCCGAUCGCCCAGCUCCAUCGACCUGCGGUUUUGCGUUUGGCGCAGGCUCAGCCCUUACGUCCCGUCCAUCUUCAUUUUCGUUCUUCGUUCUCGUCUCAUCUCCGACUCCUCGACCUUGUGCCGCCGUUCGAUUUUCUGUUUCUUUCUCGCGCUCUCUUCUCGCCGCCACGGUUCUCCCAAUCCGCGUCUUUUCAUUCUCUCCGUCGUCGCUUUUUCCACAUCCUCUUGAUUCCGACUGCGCUCCUUUAUCCCUACGGGCGCUCGUGACCAGCCGAUUACGACAUUGUGCCUUUUCCCCGAGUCUACGACACUGCGUGACUUUGGCAGAUUAUAGCAGCAGCCAUGUCCGGGCGUUACGAGAGGGUAAAUGCCCAUGAUGCUGAGGACCACGACGAGGUUCCGCAGCGACGAGUCCAGGUCCCCAAUUCGCCACCUCCAUCCUUCCAUUCCCGCGCCUCUUCGCCAACACGAAAUGGCCGGGUCAACAACGAUCUCGCCGAUGCAUUCGAUGAUGACGACGCGAGCGACGAUGAGACAGACGAUAGAGCAAGAUUAGUCCGACAAGACUCUACACCCACCAUCAGAUCAACCAACGACUCUGCGCGACUCUCUGCACCGACGGCACCGGCCACGACUCCGGCCACAUCGGAUACGACUUCAUCUGGUUCACGACCCCGAGUGAUGGGAGGUGGAGUUGGUACCGAUGGCGUGUUUGCGAACAUGUCAGCCCGGCCGGAGCGGACGGACGGCAAUGCCGAGAAAGAAGAACAACCACCUACUUAUGAACAAGCCGCUGCUGAUGCUGCUCCACCGUACUGGGAGACAACAAUUCUUGCUCCCGGCUAUGGUGGCGGCGAUGAAGUUUACGUCGAUGGCAUGCCCGUUGGCUCUGUGUUUUCGUUUAUCUGGAACGGCAUGAUCUCUACAUCAUUCCAGCUCGUCGGCUUCCUGCUCACCUACCUCCUACACUCCACCCACGCCGCCAAGAACGGAUCGCGAGCCGGUCUUGGUAUUACCCUUAUCCAAUAUGGUUUCUACAUGAAAGGAUCACCCGACGACCCCCCAAAGAUGACUGGGCCCGAUGGAUACGCUGCACCCCCAGACCCCAACUCGCACGACUUUGAGGUUAGCGAUGUAACUGACGGUCCUGGUGGCGGUAUUUCUGGCAGUGACUGGAUGGCGUAUAUCCUUAUGGUUGUGGGCUGGUUCAUUCUCAUCAAGAGCGUGGCUCAAUUCAUGGGGGCCCGACGACACGAACAACUUGUCUUGCAGAGCCCCGAUCGUGGACUCAACGUCCCUAUUAUUGCUGAGGGCGAGAGCGUGGAGCACGUGGUAUAGAGCUGCUGGUUCUGACGUUGUAGAUUUCAAUCUUUUUGUAAUUGCCACUGCCUUGGAUCGAUUUUAUUAGAGGCAUGUGGGCAUCGAUACCACUACGCUAGUCAGCGUUUUUCUUUUUUCUUUCUGUUUCUGUUUUUCUUAUUCUUAUUCUGUUUUCGCCCAUGGGAUGGAUUUCAGGCGUUAUGGACAUAUGCAUUAUUAGCUCUGAGGCAUAACGCGUAGCACGCUUCUCUUAUUUCCUAUGUAUAAUGCAUGGAUAAACAAACAUCUAUAUCUGACUUAUUCUGGC